AAAAAUCAAAAACUUAAAAUAUAAUUUAAAAGAUAAUUUUAGGAUAAAAAUUAUUAUACUUAAAUACACAUGUUUUUUUUUCAAAUUUUAAUAAAGAUUAAAUAGAGAAUCAUGAAUUAAGGACAAUCUUAUUAUAGAUGAAAUUUCUCAAAGAUUCAGUUAUAAUUCAACUAUCUCCUAUCAAACACUUGGCACAUUCAGAUCCCAGUAAAAAACUCAAAAAGAUUAUGCCUUACGAACGAAAUAGAAAGCGAAAAGCAAAAGAAAAGGAAGCUAUAUCAGAAGAACUAUCAAAUUCCAAUUUAGUUAUUUAUGAAUCUAAAAAAAAAAAAAAUGAGGGAAACAUCAAAAAAAAAAGUAUGAAAAAUGAAGACUUAGGCCUUUGUAAUGAGGGCAGCUAUACAUUAAAUUCUAAAACAAAAAAAAACAAUCAUAUAGAAUCAAAACAAAAUAUAUCUUUUUCAUUACAAGAACAUGACACAAAAGAUAAUGAAUACGACGAAUUUAUCUGGGAUAUAGAGAAUAAUAUAUCUUAUAAUGUAUCAUCUGAUAAUUAUUCACUUAUUUCUUCAAACCUUGAUUAUUAUAGCGAUUAAGUUUUAGUAUAUAAAAAACCA